ACAGAGCACAGGAUGGAGCCCCGACCUGGGGCUGCGGCUGCUGCCUUCCACCAACCAUGGCCAGCCGGGCUGCUGCUGUGGGUCUCAGCCCUGAGCUGUUCUUUCUCCUCGCCAGCUUCUCUCCCUCCUUCUCUGGUACCCCGAGUCAGAAGCAGCUACACUUUGGAAAGAACGUUCCUCGGUCUUGAUAAGUGCAAUGCCUGCAUCGGGACAUCCAUUUGUAAGAAGUUCUUGAAAGAAGAAAUAAGGUUUGACAACUCCCUGGCUUCCCAUCUGGGACUGCCUCUUCAGGAUUUGCUAUCUUAUGCUGCAAAUUACUCAGAUGAUUCUAAAACCUGGCGCCCAGUGGAGAUUUCUCGACUGGUCAGCAAGUAUCAAAGUGAGAUCUCUGACAGGAGGAUCUGUGCCUCUGCCUCAGCACCGAAGACCUGCAGCAUUGAGCGCAUCCUUCGGAAAACCGGGAGGUUCCAGAAAUGGCUUCAGGCCAAGCGCCUCACACCUGACCUGGUGCAGGGCCUGCCCAGUCCCUUCCUGCGGUGCCCAUCACAAAGACUCUUGGACCGUGUGGUUCGACGCUAUGCUGAAGUGGCUGACGCUGGCAGCAUCUUCAUGGACCACUUCACCGACCGUGACAAGCUGCGUCUCCUCUACACACUGGCUGUCAAUGCACACCCCAUCAUUCUUCAGAUCUUCCCUGGGGCGGAGGGCUGGCCGAUGCCCAAGUACCUUGGCUCCUGUGGUAGAUUCCUGAUCAGUACCAGCACCAGACCGCUGGAAGAAUUUUAUGAUGCACCUCCAGAGCAAGCUGCUGACCUUGCAUACCAACUCCUUGGGGUUCUGGAGUCCCUGAGGAGCAAUGAUCUGAACUAUUUCUUCUACUUCACCCAUGUUGAUGCAGGCAUGUUUGGCAUCUUUGACAAUGGGCAUCUGUUCAUCCGGGAUGCCAGUGCGCUAGGCAUCAUCGACAAGCAGGAAGGCAACCAAGCAGCUGCCAGGACUGGAGAGAAUAAAGACAUUUUUAGCUGCCUGGUUUCUGGCUGCCAGGUCCAGAUGUCCUCCUGUGACACUGUCCCUGAGAAGCAAAGCCUGGUGCUGGUGUGUCAGCAGGUGCUGCCUCAACUUCUCCAGGCAAAGUUUCCCUCCCCUGUGCAAGAAGAGAUAGACUCUGCUCUCAGCCUGUGUAGCAAGGAUGCCAGCACAGACCUGGAAGUUCUUGGGGCCACCAGUCGGCUGAAGGACAUCUUGAGGUCCCUGAGAACCUGUGACCCUAGAUUUGCCUACCGCUACCCAGAUUGCAAGUAUAAUGACAGGUUUUGAGUGGCCCG